UUCCUUCACAGCUGCGGCCUCCCCGGGUCCAUUAACGAAGGUGGGGAAGGGCGGAGAAAGGGUCAGAGUCUGGGAUGAGAGCAGCUGCGGGCGCGCCAGGGCGCUGACAGUCUGGCUCUUGGAGGUAAGAUGGGCGUGGCUGAUCCCGAACUCCGCCUGCGUUUGCAGAAGCGAAAGGAACCGAGCGAGCGGAGCUGAGCUCGGCUAGGCCGCGCGACGUCCCUCCUCUCCGGGCGUCCGUGCGCCUAGCUCUGCGCUGGGAGCCUCGCGCCCUUUGACAGCAGUUAGUUGCUGACUCGGAUGCAGAGGGUCGGUAACACCUUCUCCAACGAGAGCCGGGUGGCAUCCCGGUGUCCCAGCGUGGGCCUUGCUGAACGGAACCGGGUGGCCACAAUGCCGGUGCGGCUGCUCAGGGACAGUCCAGCGGCUCAGGAGGACAAUGACCAUGCCAGAGACGGUUUCCAAAUGAAGCUGGAUGCCCACGGCUUCGCCCCGGAGUAAGUGGUGGUGCAGGUGGAUGGCCAAUGGCUGAUGGUGACCGGACAGCAGCAACUGGACGUCAGGGACCCGGAAAGGGUCAGUUACCGCAUGUCACAGAAGGUGCACCGGAAAAUGCUCCCGUCCAACCUGAGUCCUACCGCCAUGACCUGCUGCCUGACCCCCUCCGGGCAGCUGUGGGUCAGAGGCCAGUGUGUGGUGCUGGCCCUCCCUGAAGCCCAAACAGGACCGUCCCCGAGACUCAGGAGCCUCGGCUCUAAGGCUUCCAACCUGACCCGGUAAACAAACGACGCGAUGUG